UUCCGUUCGAUACGAUGCCAGUGUUGCGUGCGCCGUGUGGCCAGGGUUUGGUGCUGGCGCUCCUCAACCUCGCCUUUGCGACCGUCGUCGCCGUGAGCACGUACUACCUCAACGUGCUCGCGAAUACGCACGUGGGCUUGGGCCUCAAUGUCGAGACGUUUACAAGCAACCAGUUCAACAUUCCGGUCAACGUCCUCCUCCAAGGCUCGGUGACCCUUCCACUCGCAACGCCGCUGCCCGUGGACGCGACGCUGUCGCUGAGCACGCUCCUGUACAAGGGCUGCAGCAAGAAGGACGUCGCGUGCGCAUCGGCGUUUCUCCCCGCGACCAACCACCUCUGGAGUGCGGUCGCCAAGACAUUUGUUAACAUUUCCAACUUUGAGCAGCCGCUGUUUCAGGAUUCCGCCCAGACAGUGACGAUCCAGCACAUCAACAACCUCGCUGCGUGGAACAAACCGACGGCACAAAUUUCGAUUGUUGGCCACGCCAUGGCGAUCACGUGCAUGGUGCGCCGCGCGCGCUUCUACCUCGCGUCGUCCUCUCCGUCGUCGGCCGAGAUCGACUCGAUUGCGUUUUGCUCGCCGCGCAAAUUUGAUCCGAAUUGGAUUUGUGAAAACCAAGUCGCCACCGACGCCCCCUCGUACGCGAUCCAAGUAAGCCGCGGAGCUGCCACCUACCUUGGCGUGGCGCCACGCCAUGAUAUUUAUAUGAACCCAGGGUACCUCGCGACGUUCACGGGCAGCCCGCUCGGCGCCGUGCGGCUCGGGCCCGUGCCGGCCAUCGACGAGUUUGAAGGCGGUAUUCUCCAGAUCAUGGCGCCGUGGGACGUCGUGCCCUUUGGCGACUGCGCCAAUUUGAACCCGUCGACGGGGCUGGGGUGGCUCAUGCAGAUGGCAGGCUUCGUGACCAUCACGAUUGGCCGCGCGUUUGACCAGAUUCCGGCGUUCGCUACGUUCACGAACGGCCAUCUCGGCUCGGUGCUCUUGCAAACGGUCCGUGCGAUCGAUGAGUACCAAGGCGGUAUCCUCCAGUUGAGAGCGCCGUGGGACGUCCUUCCAGCGUGUAGCUGUUUGGGAACUCUGGACGAGUAG